AUGGAGAUUCGAAUCACUGACUACUUUACUGAACUGCUAAAGGACUAUGGAAUUGACACUGUUUUUGGCAUUGUUGGUAUCCCGAUUGUCGAACUGGCAAAUACCAUGAUUGCCCAAGGUAUUCGGUUUAUAGCAUGUAGAAAUGAGCAGUCGGCGUCCUAUGCAGCUUCUGCUUAUGGAUAUUUGACAGGCAAGCCGGGGAUCCUAUUAGUAGUUGGUGGGCCUGGAUUGAUUCAUGCAUUGGCCGGCAUUUAUAACUCAAUGAGUAACAAAUGGCCGCUUCUAGUGAUUGCUGGAAGCACUGAAGAUCCAUACAAAGGUGGUUUCCAAGAGUUAGAUCAGAUCAGUCUGCUUCGUGGCCAUUUGAAGUUCACCGGUAAGUUAAGCAAGGACCAGCAAAGCAUUCAAUUAAUUACUUACGAGGCGAUGAGGUUCGCAGUUGGUGGCAUUCCGGGGGCCACAUAUAUCGAUUUUCCAGGUCGUCUAAUCGAAGAGUCAAUAGAUGUAACAGGAUCAAGAAAUGUUAGAUCUUUACCGAAAAUUAAGUAUGCUCCUGAUCCAAAAGCAGUUUCAAAAGUCGCAGACCUUCUGUCCGACAGCAAAAACAAGAGAGUUCUGUUAGUGAUUGGUAAAGGUGCGGUAGAACACUCUGUUCAGUUGCGCAAAUUUGUCGAUGACUUCAACGUACCCUUUCUGCCAACUCCGAUGGCAAAAGGUGUUGUUCCAGAUUCGCAUCCUCUGAACGUAUCUUCUGCACGUUCUAAAGCGCUGAAAGAGGCCGAAGUCGUUCUCAUUUUGGGAGCAAGAUUAAAUUGGAUACUGCAUUACGGGCAGGCCCCCAAGUGGAAUCCUAACGCCAUUUUUGUCCAAGUAGACAAUGAUCCUACCUCCUUAGGUCAGAAUAACUCUAUGGGACUCAGCUACGCAUUGUGCGGGGACUUGGAGUUGACACUCAGGCAACUGACCUUUCCUUUGAGCCGCAUUGGAUGGAAGCAUAAUGGAUUAUCAAAGGAGCUGCAAGACUCAAUCAGAGCGAAUCAGGAAAAGCUACUGUUAAAGGAGACGUCAGCAACAAGUGCCAUGUUGAACUACAACCAGGUUUAUCACACGCUAAGACCUUUAAUCGACGAUUCGCAAACAAUCAUAGUGUCGGAGGGGGCAAACACAAUGGACAUUGCUCGAAUUUCGUUUCCAACAGACUAUCCUAAACACAGAUUAGACGCGGGGACCAAUGCCACCAUGGGAAUUGGCUUGGGCUAUGCCAUUGCUGCGAAGCUUUCGGACCCUGAGAAAAACGUUAUCCUUAUUCAGGGAGACUCAGCCUAUGGAUUCUCAGCAAUGGAAUUGGAGACGGCAGCAAGAAACCAACUGGCGCUGGUCGUCAUUGUGAUGAACAACAGCGGUAUAUACCAUGGAACGCAACAGGACUCCUUAAGUAAAGCGCCCUCGACAGCCUUGAGCAAAGAAUGUCGCUAUGAGUUAGUCGGAAAGGGUCUUGGCACAAAUGGAUUUCUUGUCCGCACUUUGCCAGAGCUGAAAGCUGCUUUUCAAAAGGCUCUGAAUGCAUCGAGGACCGACAAAAGAUCAAGUGUGAUAAAUGUUAUCAUCGAGCCUGGUGAACCGAGGAAGAUAGCGUUUGGCUGGCAAACAGGUAAAAGACAAUCAUUAUAA